AGUGUGGAUCUUUUUUUUUUUUUUUUAGCAUAUUAAUUUAAUUGUUACAUCCAAACUCAAGUAGUGUUACAGCUAUACUGGAGUACAACAUACCUCUUUGUAUUUGACAUUAAUUUACAUAAUCUGUGAUGAUGUAGUCCAAGUGUGUGUCAUUCAUAGCAGACAAAUACAGGUACCGUAUCUCAAGCACAAAGAACCACUAAGUUACACUGUAGUGCUUAAAAAUAUUUUACUGCACACUUUACAUAUAAUAAAGUGUUCGUUGUAAUGAGCUAGUAAUGCGAGAGGACAUAUGUUUAAUGUGCUGUGUGUGCUGUGUUUGUGUGUCUGCCUCUCCCACCAGCACGUCGGGGGCAUUGUUUCCGACGAUCCAGGAGAAAAAGUCCAUUGUUGUUGCGAACUUUUUAAUCCCGGGAUUUAAAGCCCAUCACAUGCUCAGACGGAGCUCCAGCACUGAGGAGGAAACCAUUCAUCCCGAAAGGACAGGGAGACGCUUUUUUUUUUUUUUUUAACGCACUGCGAUGCCGCUUGUGCACCUUUUGGGACUUUAGGAUCGUAAAAAAAAAAAAACUUUCUCUUUCCUCCGGGGAAACGUUGUUGGAUAAACAUGACGCACAAGUACAGCCAGCGCUCUCUGAUCGUCUUGUCUUUACUGGGGAUUUUAUCCGCCAUCAUGUCGGUUCUGUCGGUGAUUUUGAUUUUCCAGCUGCAGUCCCAGCAGACGGCGGUGAAGGAGUCUCCGCCGUCCACCUCCGCGCUCGUCCCCGCUCAUGUGUGGGCCGUGCUGCUGCCCGUGUCCACGGUGCUCUCCGCGCUGUCGCUCACCCUCAACCUGAGCUCCGUGGUGGUGUGUUUGCUCCACAGCUACUUUUCCACCGAGGUCUGCAGAGGAGAGCAGGACACCGAGAGAGCAGACUGGUUCCUUUUGGACAGCAGAGCAGUGCGACAUGUGGCCAUUGGACUCUUCUGUCUGGGGGUUUCUGUCUACUUGGCAGCUAUGUCCAUCUUCAUGCUCCUCAUAUUUGAGAUGGAGACGGGUAUUGCCAGUGCUUGUGUACUCUCCUCUGGGAUCCUGAUCCUGUUGGUGGCCGUGAUACACUCCCUGGUCAGAGCUUCCCAAACAGCCAAGCACUACCACAGCGACCGCCUCGACACCCUCUAUCAGAACGACCACGGGAGCAGCAGCACGCCGCUCUCUCGGCCCUGCGAGCUGAAGAUCGGUGUGGACAAACCGCGGAUGCACCGCAGCCAGUCUCACCUCCAGCACCAGAUCUCCUUCUCUCAGUGUGGCAGCCCGAGACAGCGAGAACUGUACCACCAACAGCAGUACUCCCCUGCAGGAGGUUCGCAGGGACACGCCAGUGAUAAAGAUGGCUACAGCAGUGGCGGCAGCUGUCCUCGAAUGCACAGGACCCUGUCUACUGAAUCUGGUUUACUGCAGGCCCAAGUUAAACCCUGGAACGGGGUCAACAAUGAGAUGAGGAGUGUCCUUGCACGCAAGUCGGGGAUUUCUGCAAAAGACUCCACUCUUGUGUGACACAAAGCAAGCUGAGCUCCUGGUUAAACACAACAGUGGCUACAGAAGACUGAUCUCCUUCAAGUACUCCAUGUGGAUGCGAACAAGUGAAACCCGAGCGCAGAUGUAGAGCUGUCAGUUUGUACAUUUUCCACUCAGUGUGUUUAUCCUGACUGAUUGCAGACAACAUGGAACUGACUGGAAAACACAACUUAGUUUUCCCCUUUUACCUUCUUAUUUCAGAUCAUAUAUGAGCAUUUUUUAACUUGGUGGAAAAUAUAUUGUAUAAUUUGUAGUGUUUUGUAUGAAUGAACUUGAUUUAAAUCUCACUAUAAACACACCAAUGUCACCCAAGUAUCAACUGGGCAAAUUUAUAGCUUUCAUUGUAAUAAUGUAAAUACUUUAUUCUGCUGUAUAUAUGUGCACAGCAUGCAGAUGUGUUUCAUUAUGUGCGGUUCAAAAUGAUUUCACAAAAAUCUUAAAUAAAUUUAUUCUAGAAAAUAUAAUUUGAGGUAAAAAUGAAGAUAUUAAAACAAUAUUCACAAAA